UUUUCGGAUUACUUUUUCCAGCCAAACUCUUUCCUUUGUCUUCUUUCUCUCUGUUUUUUCAUUUUUUUUUCCAUUCGUCGCAUCCUCAACUUCUUUUCCCCCUUUUUUCCUUUUUUUUUUGUACUUGAUCAUCACUUUUUUAUAAACAUUCUUCCCCUACAUCGCAUGGAUCGGAUGAAUGAUGAAGACGAGGAUUAUACCUUGUAUCACCAACAGUCGUCCUUGCUGAAGCUGCCAAAUGAAAUUCUGGAAGCGGUCAUACGAGCGGCAUCGACGAUUGAACGGGAUGAUGAAUGUCAGUUUUUAGGAUGGCAGUAUCCGGAAUACGAAUACGCCGACCUCAAGGCCAUUGCACUCACCUGCCGGCGCCUGUACAUGCUCUGCGCACCCUAUCUUUGGAGGGAUAAGGAGUUCAUUCUUCCACGGCAGGACGACCAAAAGAACGAAACAGCCGAGGUACAAAUGGCGACCGAUAUUCUUUCCAAACAAGCCCUCUUCCAACGGCUCCGGCAUCUCGGCUGUUACGUUCGGUCUCUCAGCAGGGAUCUCACCAACGGGCCUCACUACGAUAUGAGCAAUUCCAAUCUCAUGGCCCAACUGGUAUGCAAUUUACGAGCACUCCGCAUCGAUUUUCAUCCCAAAGUACGCUCCGAACAUUAUGGCUUGAAGUUCUUCAUCCAACACUGUCCGUCGCUUUCGGAACUGUAUCUGGAAAACUGCCGGGAUACUUAUGACGAUUUCUGGUCGCUUAUUGAAUAUCGACAUCCACUGCGAUCUCUCACUUUGCUGUGUUGUACGGUGAAAGAACAAACACUGUUGCAGCUCAUCAAUUUGUUCAAGCCUACAUUAAAACGACUGCUACUGCAAAAGGUCCUCAUCGAACCCGAUCCACUCCAUUCCACGAAAACCGAUUCGCAUCCUCUCUAUUCCCAUCACGACGUCUCUCCCAAAAGAAUACCCAGCCACAUCUAUGUACACAUGCUUUCAUCCCAAAAUCUUACACGACUCGCAUUAUCUGAUUCCAUCGCAUACUCUACACUCGAAAAGAUCGUUGAAGGGUCUCCAAAACUGGAGAAGCUUGCCAUUAUUCUGCAUGAAAUGAACCCCGUAUUGGCCACGCGAUGCAUUUUACUACUAGCCAAACUGGAUUGUUUAACCAUCUUAUCACUCGCUUUCCGGCACAUUUUUCCACGCACCAAUACCUAUCAACGACUACCGUGCUGCGCCCCGGCCAGUGCGUGGUCCUAUUUCGCAUCCCAUCUACCUUCGCUGCGCCUCAUUCACAUCUCGGCAACCCAACUUUUACUUCACUCUGACUUUAUGUUACGUCUGGUUACUGCACGAAGUCAUUUGCUUCACGUUAUGCUCCAUCACAUUGCUUGGGUUCCGGAUGACGAGCUUGAUAUCACCGAAUUGAAUGAUGACCAGAUAGCCGAAGCCCAUGCAAAAGACAUGGCCACCGCCUCGGAUAGAAUGGACGCUUGGCAACAGGAUCCGUGUUUAUGGCAAGACAUCCAAUCCUAUUUUCUUUCAUAUGAUGAAGCUGAACUCAAAGGAUUUCGAUGUUUUGAUGAGACGGAUCAGGUUUGUUUUGUGAAAGGGUUCGAUGAUUGGACCAAAGGCACCUGAGCCCCUCCAGAAACACCGGACUCUUUCCCUUUGAUAUGACCCGGGCUUGGAUUCGCUAGAGAUGUUAUUAUUGCGCACAUAUUUUUUUUUGGAAGUCAAAAAAAAAGAGGGGACUUUUGUAGCGAACAACUUUCAAGGACCUAAGCCACUUGAUAGCGACAUGAAACGAAUCCUAUCCAUCUAUCAGCAAACGGCAAUGAUCGACAAGUUGGUCCAGCUAUCAAGCCCUUCGAUAUGGAUUAAAGCAGAGUCUUUCAUUGAAUAAGAAAAAUAAAUUGGAUGCUCUUUUCCC